AUGGGCUUGCAGGGUGAGGCCUUUGAAUCCCUCUGCUGGGAUCUUUACAGGUGGGCUCUUGGGAGCAUUCCAGUGGUGCCUCGGAAACACCUGGAAGUGCCUGUCCACAGCUGCGUCCCUCCAGGACUUCUUUCUGUUAAUCAGGUCAGUGAGGCCUCCCUGGGGCCUGUCAGAAUGUGGUUGGUAUUUCUACCCCGGUGGCCUACAGACCUUCCACCGUGCUAUGCUCUCCUGGUGGGCAGCCAAGGGCAGCAGGAGAGAGGACCGUUGGGAAUCAGGAUAGUCCCCCUCAUAUUUCCAGUUGUGGAAGAUGUGUGGAAAGUGCAAACAUUGUUAAGACUCCUCCAAUUAAUUCACCUUCCAAUCUUAGAAAGUAUUUUAGAGCCUCCAAUAAAAAACCAGAAUGUUCAGUUGAACCGAGAGGAAGAUCUCAUCAUCUCCAACACUUGUUUAGAUAGAGAGGUUAUUCAUGGCCUCAGUUUGUCUGAGAUUGACAGUUGGCUCAACGCAGCAAUUGAAUGCCUGGAAUAGUUCCCAGACCAGCUAAUAGUGAUGGUUAGUCAGCAGCUAGGUCAAAACACUAACGAAGAAACAAAACUGAAUAUUCAUAAGAAGAUAUUCUUUGAUAUUAUAGUAAAAUAUUAUAAUCAAGAAAGAGAAUGUUUACUUAAUGACAGUUAUUCUGAUGUUCAUUCAGGAAUUAUUGAACUUCUGGAGAAGGGGAGGCAAAUAGAAGCUCUGGAAGCGUCGCAGCUCUACCUGAGGCUCCUUUUCCCCAAUGUCAGGGAGGAAUUACGUAGACUCCUGACUUUUAUGGCCACAGCGUCAGACUCUCAUGGCUACAAGUUACAAAAACAGUAUGAUAAUAGAACAGUGGUCAUGAAAAUGCUUACCAAAGCUGUUUUGCAAAACAAGUCAUUGUCAAAAGUACAAACUGAGCAACUGGUCCAGUUUCUGCUUGAGAAUCAUUGUGAGCUUCUUAAGACACCUUUGAAUUUGUUGGACCUGGUCAGUAGGAAAUUCAGAAGCCUUCUUCAUGGAGAAGAUCCAGAUCUUAUAUCAGGUUUCACAUUUUGUCAGCGUUUGACUCGUGAAGAAUAUGAGGAACAGAAACAAAGGACAACUGAAGAGCUCCAGCAGCUGAUUCAGGAGAUUAACAUCAGCUCUAGUAUUCCUUUCAAACAGAAGAAGAAACUGAUGAAGGAAUUUCAGAAACAUCACCCAUCAGCUUUGAAUUAACGUUUUAGGGGCAAGAAAUUGGAUGCAGUUUUGUAUGCUGGGUUCUUGUAGAGGGUAGAGAGCUUUUUUCUUUAUACCGGUUCCUUUUUAAAACUGCCAGAUUAACAUUUUCGUAGAAGGAAUAUGAUGAAAAGUAUAGCAUCCAUAUGCCAUGUUUAUUCAGCAAACAUUUAACUUUUAAAAAGAGGCAGUUCAUCCCUCAAUCAUGCUACUGAAUCACUUACUUGUGCUCUACUAAAUAGUUUACACUACUGAAUGUUUUAGAAGUGAUGCUGCUAUCAUUGGGGGUCUGAUGCAGUCAAAUCCCUGAGAAGUCUUUCUGGGCAUCAGUGAGGAAAGCUUCCUCACUGAAGCUCUGGACAAGAAUCUUUCCACACUGGUGCCAUUUUCCCUUUGCUGCUGGAAUGUAAAUGACUCAAGAUGAUCUAAAGGUAUAAUCGAGAGAAGAGCACCUUCAGCAUGACUGCUCUUUCCUCUGGUGUGGAUCAUAGCGAUCCCUACAUUCCUAGCCUUUGCAAUGCUUGUCCAUAAAUCCCGCAGAGCUGCCUUCCAUCCCAAGCAUCCACAGCCUUCUCUUGCUUACUUUAUAUUUCAUGUUUACCAGGGCACCACUCUGCACCUGGGCAAUUCCCUUUCCCUCUUUUGCUGCAUGACCAGCCCUUUCCUAGGCACACACUUCCCGAUUGUAUCUUUUUUGCUACUUCUUAAGGUAAUUUAUUGGUAAUAUGCUACAACCUACUUAUUCUUACCCUAAUUUUUAAAAAAAUUUAUUAUUUUUUUCAAUGAAGCAUUUUUUCUCUCCCUCCUAAUCCUUCCACAGGACAUCAAAAAAAAAUUUAAAUUAAAAAACCUAAAUUAAAAAUAAAACCCACAUAACAGUUAUGCGUAAUCAGGUAGGCCAAAUCCCCAUAUUGGCUCUAUAAAAUCAGGUCUUAUUCUGUAUUUUCUGUCCAUUACCUCCCUGGCUUACCGUAUUUCAUCUUCCAGCCUCUGUAAUUGAGGUGUGGCAAUGCACUCAUUAGAAUUUUCAUCUUUCUCUAGUCGAAAGGUUUUCAUUAUGAUAAAUAUUGUUAUUGUUGUUUAAAGUUUUUCUCCUGGCUCUAUUUAAUUCCCUCUUCUUCAGUUCACAAAAGUCUUUAGUUUCCUGCGAAACUUCCUUUUCAUUAUUUCUUAGGACAUAAGAUUCUAUUACAUCCAUAUUCCCCAGCAAGUAGACAAGACACUCUACCCUUAGUUUCAAAGGUUUUGUUACUGUACAUAUGGAUCCUUUCCUCUUUCUUUGAUCUCCUCAGGUUAUAGACUUAGUAUUAACACUGGGUCAAAACGUAUGCUUAGUAGCUGUGUGACCCUGGGCAAGUCCCUUAACCCCUGCUGUCUCACCAAAAAGAAAAAAAAAAGUAAGCUUAGUACUGCUUUCCAGAAUGGCAUGAUCAAUUCACAGCUCGACCAACACAUCUUUUCAUUGCCUUUGGGGGUCACCAAUUUUGAUUUUCCUGAGAGCCUGGUGUUCCAUAAUUCACAACUGCAGAGUAUCCCUGACAUACCUUUGGCAUUAAAAUGGCACAUUUUUAUGGCAAUGAGCAGUUUAGAACUAUUAGAAGUAUACAGUUCCCCAAAUAUGAUAUUUUCAUCUCUUCAGCUAUUUAAAUCUGAGCCAACUCCUGCAAUCCAACUGCAUCUUAUAAUCUGGACAGUUUAUUUGUCAUCCGCUUUGUUGUGCAAUUGUAGAUUUUCUCUUCUGUCAAAAUGGGAAAUAGCACCUACAUCCCAUGGGUGACUGGAGGACCAAAUGAGAUCAUUAA